AUGGCCAAGGUUCUACCCAAAGGCAUCAUUCCUGCAGACAACUCAUCUGAUUCCAGUGACGAUGGUAUUACUCGUUUUGAGGUCAAGAUCCACAGCCUGACUGCCAAGGUCUUCCUCAACUGCGAGCUUGAAGACAUCGUGCCAGAGGAAUAUGCCGUGAUGGCUGAAAAGUCCCCCGUGACUGAACGCAACGCGUGGAUCUUCCGCAGACAGAACCACAACUAUGACAGCCGCAACGUCAAUCUGAAGAAAUGGUCUCUCACCGACCGUCGUUACAAAAAUCUUUUCGUCGAGCUGAGUAAGGUCCCGGACUUCGAGAAGGGUUUGUACGAGGGCGGCAGUACCUUCAACGUUGAUGCGGCCACGAAGACGAAAUUCCCCGUCGCGCAGGCACAGGCCCUCAAGGAGCUCCUCGACGAGGUCAAAAGCAUGAUGGACCUCAAGCACGAAGUUCACAAUGGAAAAGGAUUCUACUUUCUGAUUACCAAACUCAUGGCUUGGUGCCCCGAGUACGUCACUGGCUAUCCUAUACGCCAUUCCGAUGCACCACCUGCAGUUGGAUGUAUUUUUCUUGACUAUUUCCCUGGCGGCUAUCGGAUGAAGCAUAUGAUUCCUCUGACUGUGACACUGGAAUCAGAGAGCCUCGAAUCCGCCGUCGCAGGCAAAAUCAAACUGAUGCUCGCCGAGUUGUACAUGCAUCUCCACCGUUCCGGCGCGUAUGCAGACAAGCUUCCGCACCAGGAGACCUAUCUGUUCGGCAUGCACGGUUCACGAUUCCACGUCUUCAGGGCCUGGUUCCCGGGACCAAAAUGCUCCGCCAUCUGGUGUGGAAAGAAAGAGCUCCCCGUCUGGCGCAAGGUCUUGCCCAUGGAGCCCCCCAAGACCAACAACGACCCAGCUGAGAUCAAACGCUACGAUGAAGCCGUGCAGCAGGCGAUGAACGAGUAUCUUACCGAGCUGGGCGGAGAGCCUGAGAUGCGCACGUUCCGUGUCGUUGCGAGUCGCGAAUUCGAUCUCUGGAAAAAGUCGGAUUUCAGGGAAGCUGUGAAAACGGUUGUGGCUGUAUUCACUUAUUUCAUGAGUGGUCAGGCACGCAUGGGCACCCUGACUGAUGCGUUUCAGUGUCCUCCUGACCUUCCCGAAGACGAGUCUGACGACUCCGAUGAAAAAGAUGUGGUGAUGAAACAAGAAGAGACUGUCCAAGAGUCGAGCCAGAAGGAAAACGAGCCUGCACAGCUGCAGUCGCAGCAGCAGCCACAACAAGACAGCUUUCAGCGUCCGGCAGUCACAGACAGCCACCACCCAUACCCCUACCAUCAUCAUAGUCUUUACAAAAACGCCGACGCAGCCAAGUCCGGCAUUCUUCACGGGAUCGAUCCGCUCAACAACAACAACGAUGAUAGCCUCAACCACUACCUCGAGAGUCGUUGGUUAGCGGACUUCGUUGACGACGACGACGAAGAGGAUGACAGUCACGGGGACGAUGAGAUGGACGAUAGCGAUGACAACGAGUACGCGAAGCAAACCCAACAACUGGACCGUUGA